AUGGAAAACUCUGAUGAGGUAUGCUUUUCUAAUGAGAAGGAGAGGCUGAAGAUGAGAAUUGCUGUUUUGGAGGAGAGUGUUAGGUCCUCUGAGGUGGAGUGUAAAGCCAGCGGAGAGACGUUGCUGAGGCUGGCGGCAGAGCUGGACCGAGAGAGGAGGAAGGCUGCCAGCAGUGCAGCAGCACUCGAUUCACUCAAAGUGGAGUUCGAUGGUCUGGUGGAGGGAAGGAGGAGUGUUGAGAUGGAUAAAGAAGCCCUAAUGGAGAGGCUUGAGGCCAGCAAGAGAGUGACUGAGGCAGCUAGGCGAGAGUCAAACUGUUUGGAGAAACAGGUGGAGGAGCUUGAAAGAAAGCUACAGUCAAGCCAAGGACAGACUCAGGAAUCUGAAGAGAAACUACAGAUGUUCCUGAAAAAGGUGGCAGGCCUGCUGCAGGUCAAGUCUGAAAGUGUCAUCCUGCCCGCAGAGAAAGAUAUUUUACAGAAACUGGAUAAGACCGUGUCAGAGAUGGAGGCCAGGCUGUGUCAUGUCUCCGAGGAGCUGAGAGAGCAGACGGAGCUCCAGCACAGCGCACUAAAGAGGGCUCAGCUUGCAGAGCGGCAAGUCCACGAGCUGAUGGAGAGACUGCAAGGUCUGGAGACUGAGCUGUUGUCAGCAGACAUGCAUCGUGAUGGUCUGCGACACGUCAAACGGCAUUAUGAGGAAUUCCUGGAACAGCUGUCAGAAACAAUGAUGGUUGACAGUAUUGCUCUGGAUCUAGGCUUCGACAUGAGGCUAAAACUCAUCCUGUCGCGUGCAGAACAACUUGUCAAACAAGAAGGAACUGCUGUGGUGGAGAGCAAAAGUCUGACUUACAGUUUACAGCGAAAGUUAAAAUCACAGAAAGACCAACUAGACAGCAAAGGACUCCACAUCCAGAUCCUGAGGAAGAAGGUAUCAGAGCUGGAGGAGGAGAAGAGAUGCCGGUCGGCGCUGGCUGUGGAACGAGAUGAUGCUCAUCUGGAGGCCAGGAGGCUGCAGAAAAAACUAGAGCGUCUCCAGGGCGAGCUGAAGGCCACAAGGCUGGCCCAGCUGUCUCACAGUAAUGAGCUCAAGUUGAAAGUCACGGCACAGAGUCAGACCAUGCAGGAGCAGAAGAGGAGGCUGGAUCAGCUGGUGGAGGGGAAGGCCAAGGUGGAGAAGAAGCUGAGCUCAGCGAACUCCGACCUACAGAGCCAAGAGAAGAAGACCAGAGAGGACCAGCAACAACUCAACACCCUCAGACAGAGCCUGGCCCAGCUGUCUGAGAGGGAGAGAGAAUUGCUGGAUUUCCGGAUGGUUGUUUCCCAGAUGCUCGGUUUGGAUGCCACUGCUCUGGUUCACCCAAAUUAUGAAAUCAUCAAAUUAUUGGAGACCCUUCUUCACACUCAUCACCACCAUCAUCAUCUUCAUCACCAUGUGAAUAUGCCCUGGCGCUGUCCUACCCACCAGAGGCCACAUCUCCCCCAAAUUCAGGAUCUUCCCGACAGUUCCUCCUUGAGUGUUGCUGCCUCCGGGUCUGCUUGUCCAGAGGAUGCAGUUCCCCCUUAAGAAACCUAGAUUUAUACCUUACACUCAUGCCAAACUCCACUUAAAAUGUAGAGGUAUUAUUUUUUUAAAAUAGACAUCAUACAGUAUGAAAUGAUCU